AUGAUAAUAUUGCCGUUUUUCUGUGUCCUCCUUGUGUUUAAUGUAUUUCACAUCACGACACAACAGGAUGUUGACGCCACUGCUGUGUUUUUUCAACCGGAGCAGAUUCAUCUGUCCUUCGGAGAGACAUUGAAUGAUAUAGUCGUAACAUGGUCCACACGGAAUGCCACAAGCAAGUCGAUUGUGUUUUACGGCGACAACUUCAGGAACUCAAAAACAAUUAAAAAGGCAGAGGGAUCUUCGGUACUUUUUGUGGACGGUGGGCCGAAGAGCUCCAGUCAGUACAUUCACAAAGUUGCUAUCAGCGGGCUUAAACCGAAAACACGCUAUGUAUACAAUUGUGGCAGCGAUGAAGGUUGGUCGGCCACAUAUUCCUUCGUUGUUCCGCCGUCGGGCGAGAGUUGGUCACCAUCCCUGGCCAUAUACGGAGAUAUGGGAAACGAAAACGCACAAUCUCUGUCUCGAUUACAACAGGACACACAAAGAGGAAUGUACGAUGCCAUCAUUCAUGUCGGGGACUUUGCUUACGAUAUGGACACAGACAAUGCAGAGGUGGGGGAUGCGUUUAUGCGCCAAAUCGAGACCAUAGCCGCCUACGUACCGUACAUGGUUUGCCCGGGCAACCACGAAGAGAAAUACAACUUCUCUAAUUACAAAACGAGAUUCAGUAUGCCUGGAGGCCAUGACAGCUUAUGGUACAGUUUCAAUUUGGGACCGGUUCACUUUGUUUCCUUCUCCACUGAGGUAUACUAUUUCCUCAACUACGGCUACAAGUUGCUAACGAAACAAUACGAAUGGUUGGAGAAUGACUUAAAGGAAGCGAAUAAACCGGAAAAUAGAGCCAAGCGUCCAUGGGUAAUUACCUACGGCCAUAGACCCAUGUAUUGCAGCGAUGACAAGGAGUAUGACUGCAAUGAAAAUCUGGAGACGUACAUUCGUCAAGGCUUGCCCAUUGUGAAAAUGUUCGGCCUAGAAGACAUGUUCUACAAAUAUGGCGUUGAUGUGGAAUUCUUUGCUCACGAACAUUUCUACACCAGGUUGUGGCCAAUUUAUGAUUUUAAGGUUUACAACGGUUCGGCUCAAAAUCCGUACACCAAUGCCAAAGCCCCUAUUCAAAUAAUCACUGGCUCUGCAGGCUGCAAUGAAAACCGGGAACCCUUUUCAAAGGAACUGCCCGAGUGGAAUGCCUUCCACAGUAAUGAUUAUGGAUAUACGCGCAUGAAGGCCUAUAACGCAACCCAUCUGUAUUUUGAACAAGUUUCUGACGACAAGGAUGGAGAUAUCAUCGAUUCCUUCUGGAUUAUAAAAGACAAGCACGGGUCCUACACUGAUAUGUGA